ACGUGAAAGAGUCUAUUAAUGUAGACAGCUCUGUAUUGCUUUGUUGAAACUAUUGAGGAACUUAAUUCAUGUGAACUUGCUAACAUUAGGUCUAAUGCUAUAUACAAUAAGUCCAAUGCUCUAAUGCUAUAUACAAUUGGUUUAAUGCUAUAUUGAGCUCGAUCGUUCAAUUAUAAACUCCUCUGAUUCCUGUUUUUCUAGGCAUAAAGCAAAACAUGUGCUUUUGUUGUUGUCUUCCUUUUGUACUUGUCUGAACGGCUUCUUUCAUCUCUGGCCUAUUUUGUGGCUUUAUAUCCCAACAUUACGACAAUGCUCUUGGAUAACAUUUUGGUAUCUCAGGCCUUGGAUCCUGAAGUUCACAAAACACCUCGUUAGUACAUCCUUGACAUAACAAUAGCAACAAUGGAGCAGCAGAAUGUGAAUAAUUGUGAAAAUAGAGCAACCCCUUUUCAAGAAAUUAACACCAACAAAUUUGAAGAACAGUACAUGAAAGAGACUGAAACCAAGAAGACGAUGAAGAAGAAAGAACCAAAGGUAAGAACUUUUCAUUCUAUUCCGGCACAGGCACCGACGCCGGCGUCUAGCUCACCACCUCCUCCGGUGGUUAUAGAGAAAAGGGUUGAUUUUGCAAAGAUCGGUGGAUCUAUGGCUAGCAAUGUAAUGCAGAUGCAAAUUGGUGGUGGUCCAAGGCCUGAAUUUGGGUUAGUGGAAACAAGGCCACCUUUGGCUGCAAGAAUGGGGUAUUGGGAUAGAGAUAAGACUGCUAGUACUUAUGAUUUAGUGGAGCAAAUGCAUUUUUUUGUAUAUUAAUGUUAUCAAAGCCAGGGAUCUUCCAGUUAUGGAUAUAUCAGGGAGUCUUUAAGGAAAUUUUAGUCAUUUUGACAAAAGAUAAGUGCUUAACAACAUUUAUUUGCCAAACACAUCAA